CCAAGCCUUGUAUUCUGCAUUCUAGUGGUUGCAAUAUUUUUAGCAGAUCGUGUCGCAGCCAUAAUCUUCGGUGUAUGAAACGCGAAACCAUAGUUGACACAAUGGGGUAUUGCCAAGGUAGGAUCAAAACUAUUGAGAGCCGGCGGUGGCUUGGUGUUUCAUGUUGCUGACAGAUGGCCGAUGAGGCGGAAACCGCUUCUAUACCUCGAUUUUACGCUGCUGGUGCUGCAAUUCCCCAAUCUCUACCUUAUAAUCCUAUAGUAUGGAACCCUGCGAAGUUUUGAAGGAUCAUUAUACAAUAGUAGGCUUUCAGACAUGGCAGCAGCGACAACAGACAAUGGAGGCACAUCUAUGUUCCCGUCGCUGACGACAACCUUCACGCCGCCACCGCAAUGCACAAACUGGUUUAUAGACGAGUGUUCCAGUACGAAUUGCUAUGUCAAGGCGUUUCCAACGGGGACAGGAAUCUGCGGCACUGAUGAGUCAGAUUCCAAGACCUCAUAUGCUUGCUACCCGGAAGUGACCAAGUCGACGCGGCAAUUUGCCAAUGGCGAAGGGACCUACACAUUAGAGGCAGACACAUACUCGCCAGGCUUCUAUUGCCCUCUUGGUAUGACAACUGCAUCAAGUGUGGCAUUGCUUGAUGGAGUUUUCUGUUGCCCUAUUGGUAUGGAUUUCAGCGGAGGGCUUGAUGGAGGUACUUGUGUCAGGAAACAGACAGAGGGAACGUUCAUACUGUCUACCGACUGUACUCCGACGACCAUCCCGACGCCAACAGGCAGUCUCACUACAACGAUAUUUAUGUAUGCGAUGCCCGUAUUUCUUGGAGGCCAAAAGCUUGUCAGCCCAUCAUUUCCUUCCACCAGUAAUCCUUCAUCAACAACGCCUAUCCCCUCGAGUUCCAGUCCCGGUGAUAACAGUGGCGGUUCAACAACUGCGCUCAAAAUAGGAUUAGGCGUUGCAAUCCCCCUCGUGGUUAUUUUGACGGGCGCUUUAUCUGCUUUUUGGUUUAUCAGGAGACAUAGGAAGAAGGCUACAUGGAAAGAGCAACAGUAUCAGACCCUUACACCGGGGAGCAGUAUAUCCCAUGAUGCCACUGGAGUAGGAAAACCAGAACUUGCGGGUAGCACAGUUCAGGGGGCCCAUGUGAGAGCGGAGUUAGAUUCAUCAUAUAUGGCGGCGGAACUUGAAGCACGGUCAAGGUGAAAUGAUGCGAAAUUAUAUGAGCCGAUGACUCUUGGGCAUGGUGUACUUGGGCGUUUGGUGUGCAGAAACAAAGAUAGAUAACACGAUCGAAGAUGCAAGGUGUCUGUUGUUAGCAUGGGUGUUAUUCGGCUCGGUUAAAAUUUGAAGUGAGUGUCAGCUGUAAAUCCAAGCUAC